AUGCAGUUAGUCAAUGGUCAAUUUGAAAAUAAUUGUCCAUUCUCUGAAGCUCCACUGGCGCUAUCUGUCCUAACAACAGGCAUUUCCCUUAUCCUGUCUUUCUUCAAUAUUCUUGGGAAUAUCCUCAUAAUUCUAGCUGUUGCGUUAGAUCCGAACAAGAAUCUUCGAACGCCGUUUAAUUGGUUAAUUCUAAAUUUGGCAGCGGCUGAUCUAAUUGCUGGAACCAUCACAGACCCUCUCUCGGCGAGUCUUCAUUUCAAACUUUGCCUUGGCAAGAAAAUUACUGAUGCGGAUGUGAAUGUGCUUAAUAUGAGUUACUUCAUUUCAUGUACGGCUUCAUCUCUAAGCAUUGCAAGUUUGGCUGUUGAACGAUACCUGGCAGUGAGAAAGCCUACCACAUACCGUAACAAAAUGACUAAUAAACGAAUUUUAUUCACCGUGGCUGUAAUUUGGUUGAUCUCUUUGACUUUACCAAAUACAUAUUUUGAAGUUGGAUACAUACUAUACUCAUUCGUCUUCGCUAACGCAUUGGUCGUUUUGGCAAUUCCAGUAACGUGCUUCACAUACACGUUAAUGUGGCAAAAAAUCAAAAGACAAUCUCAGACAAUAACCAACCAUAACGAAGGCAUAUCUCAAAGCUCGUCAACGGCACCAAACAAUCCAACUACACCCAACUCAAUGAUUCAAAUUAUCACAACCACAAAUAGAAUGGAAGAGAAAGUCACCAAAAUGUUCCUUGUGGUCCUUAUCGCCAUGUUCUGUUGCUAUGGUCCUGCAACUCUGUUCAUUUAUCUCCUCAUCUUCUGUGAAUCGUGCGGUUGUAUCGCUCGACAUUGGUUUUAUGAUUUGGUCUUCAUUCCAAUUGCAAUUAAUUCAAGUUUAAACUUUUUGUGUUAUGCAAUGCAGUCUUCCAGAUUCCGAAGUGCUUUUAUCAAAAUCUUGAAGAUAAAGAAGAAAAAUUAUCAACACCAUGAAACAUUUUCCCUAAACGUGAAUAUGAACUAA